GAGGGAAAGGGCGGACGAGAACGACGUAGUGAGAGGAGUCACAGUUCAGUUGAGGCGCAAGGGUCCUCCGGCUAAGGACUACGGUCCCUGGCAGUCCGGGACAUUAUGCCAGGCGGCGAGGGGUCCCCGAUCAAUCUCCUCGACCACGACCACCAUCAUCAUCGCGCGUCGACCGCUGCCACCACGUCCACGUCCACGACGGACGAGUGCGCGAACGGCGACGAUGUUAGAACCGCGACGACGAGCACCGGCACGACCUUCACCAGCGCGAUGACGAGCGCCCUAGCGGGCGACGGUCUCCGUCGCAGAAAGGUCAUACACGCGGCCCGAGAGACCCUCGAUAAGGCGUCCCGUCUUUUGAGACGGAAAAUACCAUGUACAGGCCAUUUAAUGACCCCCCGCCGCCUAUGGAUACAAAAGGUUCCUACACAGGAAUGCGAUGUAGUUAUGAUGUUCCCCAACGGGGCGAACGACGAGACUUUGAUGUGGCUUCUAGGUCGGCUUCGGGCUGGAACCCCGGGGCUAAUAGUUCAUGUACGACAUCAUGCCUCGUCGGACAGUUACGGGUUUUACAUUACGGCACCAUUUAGCGUUCUGCUCAAGGCAGCCGAGGAGGUGCAUCUUCCAAAGUCCCUGAGACAGGAAUUCGGCGGUGGAUUCAAGGAGUUCGUCGGCUCCGAAGCCAACUGCUUCGAGGGUAGCGAUGACGAGAUCCGAUUCUUCACUACCCAAGAAAGGCAGUCUCUAGUGCUGCAUCUACUUCACACUUUGAGGGCCGGCCCUCAUGAUCUUCAUAGUUUAUCCGGUUUUAAGAUGGUGGAGGGUCAAGCGAUUAUCCCAAAGUGCAUUUCAUCCGGUAUUAUUUCUCAGGUCUUCCCUCUUCAUGAAUUACCCGCGUUAGAGAAACUGCAACGGAGCUGGGUCCGCGCGUUCCUCAGCCCUCAACCGUUGGACGAUAUUUGUAAAUACUUCGGGGUGAAAAUCACCAUGUACUUCGCCUGGCUCGGCCACUACACCACCGCUUUGAUCGUUCCAGCUGCAGUGGGUGUCAUAUACUGGGUCGGCAUCAUCGGCAGGAACCAAGCGGUGGAGGACGUGGCGUACGUUCUGUUUUCGGUGUUCAACGUGAUAUGGGCUACCGUAUACCUAGAGACGUGGAAAAGAAAGGGCGCGGAAUGGGCGUACAGGUGGGGCACUUUGGAUCAGAGGGACGAUUUAUUGGUCGAGCCUAGACCUCUGUUUACAGGAACUCUCGAGGUUUCACCAGUGACGGGUAGACUGGAACCGACGUAUCCCAGGUGGCGAAGAAAUAUGUUUCGAUACUUCGUGAGCGUGCCUAUUAUCGCAAUCUGUUUACUCUUCGUCUUCAUCGUUAUGAUUCUGAGUUUUCAGAUACAGGAUUGGUGGGACGCACAUCUUGAAUCUGGAGGCUAUGGAUUCUGGCUUAGUUACGUGCCAAAGGUGUUGCUUGCGGUAGUGAUCGCACUAAUGGAUGAAGCGUACUUCAAGGUUGCGGUGUGGUUAAACGAUUUGGAAAACUAUCGACUAGACACCGAGUACGAGAAUCAUCUGAUCUACAAAGUGGCACUGUUUCAGUUCGUAAACUCCUUCCUAUCGCUGUUUUACAUCGCCUUCUAUCUGCAAGAUCAAGAGAGACUCAAAGAGCAAUUGGCGGCUCUACUCAUAGCUCGCCAAGUGAUCGGCAAUCUGAAGGAGUCCGCAGUACCGUAUCUGAUCGAGCAACUACGAUUGGCGCGAUUGAGCUUUGAGCUGUUCGGAGCUCUGAGUCCUAGCGAGGCGAGGCCACUCCCGGGCCAGGAGGGCGAGGAGAUGCAGGCCGGUAAGGACAGCGAGGAGAAGGACGAACGAUCUGACAGCAGCAAAUCGAAGCAACCGCGAAACGUCAGCCAGGCAGAACUGGAGAGUUCCCUCUACAGAGUAGGGCAUCCCACUAAUUCUCUACUUAGUGACGUUACGUUCAAGGUAUCGACCAACAAGUAUGACGGGGCGUUUUCAGAGCAUUUGGAAAUGUUGUCACAACUGGGAUACGUCUGUCUCUUCUCUUCCGCAUUUCCGUUAGCCGCAAUGGCUGCAUUACUUGGGAAUUUGCUCGAAUUACGCGGUGACGCGUUCAAACUGUGUUUCGUGCUUCAACGACCUUUUGGGCGUAGGGUCUCAAAUAUCGGCACGUGGCAAAACGCCAUGGAGGCGAUGGGCUUGGUCGCUAUUCUGGUAAAUUGCGCCUUAAUCGGACUAAGUGGACAGGUGCAACGAAUGUUCCCAGAGAUGUCAGCAACGCAGACAAUUUUGCUAAUCGUGGCAUUAGAGCAUAUAAUGUUCGCGAUUCGAUUCGUGAUUAUUUGCGCGAUUCCCGAUAUACCUCAUUGGGUCGCCACCGAGAUGGCUAAAGUGGAAUUCUUAAGGCGCGAGGCAGUCCGAAGACUAUCCUCGACUCCGUCACCGGAACAACAACCAGCAACAGUGAUAGGGAGAUUCGUGGUGAGUCCAGCAGACGGAGAGACCGAAGAGCAGAUGCUUUCGGACCGUGCCGCCUAUGCGAGCAUGUCCAGUCGUGCGGACUCCCCAAACCUGGCCUCGACCACCACCCAUACACCAAGUGGACCGACGACGCCGAGCGCCGCGGCGGUGCCGAGGAUCUCGGAAACACCACCCACGGCCGGGACCCCCGGUAGCGGCGGAAGCAGCAGCGAGACAAGUCCGUUCUUACCCGAGGGCAAUUCUAGCGUCAGCCGGGAUAUCCGUAACACGCCAAGAUGUUCCAUACCCGGAGGCGAACGAGGAAGACGCUCGAGGGAAUGGUUAAGCAACGAACCGGAAGCGUCCGGUACCAACGAUCAAUAUAGCCAUCAUCUGACUAUCGGACCACACGGCGGCGUUGAUUGGGUGCGUCGAUUAGGUUUGGAGUCAGGUGGACGAAAAUCAAGCGAUUCCGAAAUUACUGGUGCCGCCGCGGUGAGCGGACGGGAGGAGGAAUUAUCUUUGCACAGAUCAACUGACUGCAUCGUCUCUAAAGAACUCGCUUCUUCCUCAGAUAGCGAUCUUCUCAGAUCGGCACCACCGUGGGCGACGGCUCAUAGAAAUCAGAAGUUCCGCUUCUCGCCCGAAAAGGAAAAGGAGCGCGAGAAGGUGGAGAAACAGCUAUAUCAUCAGCAACAGCAGCAACAACAGCAGCAGCAACAGCAGCAGCAGCAGCAGCAGCAGCAGCAGCAGCAGCAUCAUCAUCAUCAGCGGGAAACGCACGAACACCGGGAGCGUGAACGACAGUCUUAUCUUGUUGAAAAGGAGAAGGAUUCGAGCGGGCUGUCGGAUUCCAGCAAAACUAUCUCGAGUCAGGAGGAGGAAAAACCGUCGAAGGAGGAACGGGAGGCGAAGAAGACGCGCGUGAAGCAAAGCCUGAUGAAACGGGCGCGCUCAGUGGCGAUCUUCUCCUUAAAGCUGAAGGAACGCCGCGCGCGGGAGGCCGAGCUUAAGGCCAAGGAGGCGGAAAGGGAGGCCAGGUGGCAACAGCCGCAAUCAUGCGUCGGCGGCGAACUCUCGUGUAUCCCCAUAGAAAAGCUUAUCUCCGUGGACGACAUCGCGGCCAUGGAAAUGCGCCGACCGAAUCAUUAGCCGCUUGUUGAGACGACUCUGUCUUUCUCACACUUUUGUUUCCACUGCUACGUAGAGAGCCGUUCGCGUACCGCGACACGCGGGUUUUGCGCAACCGGACGGUGAGAUCACAUUCUUCGCGUAUGGAAUCGCGAGACGAAAAGAAAAAAAAAACAGAUCCCGACGGCCGCGUGCAGGUGCGCGUUACCGGACAAGAGAAAAAGGCGCACAAAUUUACGAGAAUCAUCGCAGACACAAGGAUCCUAUAGAUGACAUUCCGUAGAGACUACUCCCGAUACUCCCUAGACCCAGAGCAUCGAACCGCGGCCCUAACUCGGUUCGGUUGCGGAACGGAACGAUCACGCGUGGCGUACCUUCGAAGGGUCUACGCGAGUAAUAACAACGUUCCGCGAUGAGGAUUGAAAAUCCUCGAAUGCGGAUUCGCGCACUUUUGGACAACAUUGCAAAUAACAUGAAACUUUAAAGAUGAACCACUUUUUUGAAAAAAAAAGAAAUUUUGCUAAUUUGUGGGAUAAUUUCACAGAACGGGAGAUUACAGAGUAAUAAACUCUAACAGACCGAAACGCAAAAAGACACCAAUUUUAUCGAUUCUAAAAAAAUUAUGUGAUAAUUUUAAUUGUAUUAUACGUGUCAAUUUUAAGAAUUCCUUAAACUCCAAUUUUUAUAGAGAUUUUUAUUACAGAUUGUCGUAAAUAGAGCAUCCUCGGAACACGUAUGCAUUGACGACUGAAAUUAAUCCUUUACAUAAAGUUCUUCUAUUAUAACUUUUUUCCCGAGACACACUUUAACGUGCUGUUCCGAAACCGAGCGUACCCAUUCCGAUAAUUCUAAUUUUACUUCGAUUCGAUGCUCUGCUGAGUGGCAUGUUCUCCUUAGCUUAGAUCGCUCAACGUCGUAGAUCGUUGAGCUCCAAACGUUCCGUUCGUGUCGUCAAAUAUUCUACGCCGAAAUUAGAUUAUUCUCGGCUGUGCUCCAUAACGCUCCGUAACGGAAUCCCGACGGCGCAGCCGUACGCGAUGGUCCGAUCCGUCGCGGAAAAAAUGAGACAUACUGGAAACCGGCUGGAAUACAGACACGGGGAUCCUCUCAGAGAAGAUUGUAAAGUAUCCGGUUACACUUUCACUGAACAGCGAGCCGCCGAGUCGGCACGAAACUCAACGAAAAACUUGGAGGAGGAAAUUGUUGUUGUUGCGGUAAUAAAUUGUUAAUUAAUCUGUAAAACUUUAGGCAUUAAUGGAUUAAACGAACUUUUUGCUAAAUAGAUCUCUACGAAGGCAUAUCACAUUGUCGAGACCAUCCGUGUCGUCACCAUCGCCUCUCAAGUUUCGUGUCUACGUCCCCAAGAUCGGACACGCGCGUGCAUGGAUGCUGAAUGAGUUCGCGGCCACGUGAAACUCGUCGGCGGUGAGAUAGUCAAAGACCAGAGCGCAUGGUACACGCAAAGCUCUUCGUCCAGACACGAAUUAAAUGGAUCUAGUGGUCGUUUUUGUAUAUAGCAAAAAAUGUUACGCAGAAAAUUGUAAAAUCGGUUUCCAUGGCCUAGCCUCAUGUCCCCGUCCGCGGCUGAACUUUAGCGCAAAAAGUUGUUGAGUAUUACCAACACAGAUACAUAUAUACAUAUAACACAUAGAACAGAACAAACACAGAUACAUGACAUUUUAUUACAUUUACCGAUAUUAUUAGCUUAGUAUUUAUUAGAUGCAUCCACAUUAAGCACUGUUAAGCAAACCGAUAAUCGCGUUGUAUGUAGCGUACCCUUCGGAAAUUUGCGAGACACAAGUGCAUUAGAUGCAAAAUUGAUAGAUUAGCCGCUUUUCAAAAAAGGCAGGUCGGAAUAAAUUCAGCCGGAAGCAUCUGUGUUUGUUAGAUGUUUUGUAUAAAACAAGAGAAUUGAGCCAAUAAAAAUAUUCUACAAAAUA